CACAGCGCGUCAUGAGCGCUUCCCUUGCUCAUGCCGACUCCGUCUCAGAAGGCUCGUCAGGCUCAGCCUCGCCGCAGUUGGCACCACAAGGCCCGUCUUCCAUCACCGAAGAAGAGAGGGACGAGUUCAUGGAUGAGGAAAGGCCUCGCCUCUCUCAGCCCUCUCGCCUGCCCCAGCUCGUCUCGAGGCCCUCUUCUUCACAAGCCGUGCGUGGGCCGGGCUCAACAACCGGCCGCAUGACACCCUCAAGUAGCGGCUUCCAGGGACCGACAAGGGUGCCGAUGCCGAGAGCUGGGAGGUCAUCCAUGAUGCCACCUCCGCCACCACCCCGGUCAGUCUCCGAUAUGGGCGAAGAAGAUGAUCCACGCGCCCGCAGGUCCUCGCACGAGGGAGGCAGGCUGUAUGCGCCGCCCAACGCACCCCGCUAUUCGGUGGCGGGAAGUGACUCGAACCGGGGAGCGAUGGCAGGGGGAGCAGGCGCCUCGCUGUACUCUGCUGUGGGGCCUUCGUCAAGGCCCGCUGGACCUACACCCUCGGAACAGCACUUUUACCAUCACCAUGGAGCUCCCAGGCCAGGGCAAUCAGCUCACCAAGGACCGCAGGGUACAAAUCGACCGGAAGUUGAUGUCGCCCUGCAGUCAAUCCAGGCCAGCCUGGCGGCACUGCACGAGCGUCUGAACCGCGUCGAAUCGCGCGGUGGUGGACCAACGUCUUAUGGCACAGGUGCUAAUGCCGGCGGCAGCGGCGGCAGUGGCGGCAUUGCAAGGUACGCACUCGGCAAUACGGCCCUGGGACAGGCCUACAUCGGCUUGAGAAACGCCAUGCACGACGUCGCAGUCUUGCUCGGCCUGAGCAGCGAUGGACGAGGCGGUGCAGCGCCACAAAGCUACAACCUGGCCUCUGGAAGGUCGAGAGCCGAGUCCGUUGCGGGCCAGAGUACGACAACGAGCCGCCGGGGUGGCCGAGGGCGAGAUGGAGAUGGUGGACAGGGGCGGGGAAGGAGGGAGGGCGGCGGCCUGAUGGGCGCGCCACUGCGCCUCAUGUUGGCAGUCGUCAAUCUUGCCAUGAGGCUGGCGCUCGACCUGACGAGCGUGGGCGUCCUACUCAGCCUUUUGAUCUUUGUCAUUAGCAAACUCACGGGACGGGGCGAUCCCCUUUUCUUGAUCAGGCUUGUGCGGAGGUGGAGCACGCUGCGCGGCGGUGCGAGGGCGUCAAACAGGGCUGUGGCGACACAGCAGAGGCCAGCCAUCGACGGGCUCCAGUCUCAAUAGUGAUGAUGCCUAAUAAUACCUGUACAAAUACCUGCCCACCUGUCAAUCUCUUUUUCAAAUACAGAUCAUUGUCAG